UUCGUCUUUAUAAAUUCAUCAAGUCAAUCAUACUCUCGCACAACACGGUCGCUCCAAUUCUCUUCUAGACCCUUCGUUUCAGUUCUCCUUCUCUGUAAACUACAACUCUGCAAUGGCUACCGAUCUCGAAAAGAAAGCUAAAGAGGCCUUCAUCGACGACCACUUUCAGCUUGCAGUGGAUCUGUACUCCCAAGCCAUCGAUAUUAACCCUAAUAACGCUGAGUUAUAUGCUGACCGCGCUCAAGCCAACAUCAAACUCCUAAAUUUUACUGAGGCUGUGUCGGAUGCAAACAAAGCAAUUAAGUUGGACUCUUCAAUGCCCAAAGCCUACUUGCGUAAAGCCACUGCUUGCAUGAAGCUUGAGGAAUAUCAGACUGCGAAGGCAGCCUUGGAAACAGGUGCCACACUGUCACCGGGAGAAUCAAGAUUCACCAACCUAAUAGAAGAGUGCAAUGAGCGCAUAGCUGAGGAAUGUGGUGAUUUGCAAAAGGAUUUAUCAGAAAAGCCUCCAACAGAUGUAUCUACAAGAGAUGCUCAGCCAGAAUUGAACUUUCCCAACCAGGGGACAGUGAUACCAGUAGCCAAACCAAAAUUCAGGCAUGAACAUUACCAGAAGCCUGAGGAAGUGGUCGUGACCAUAUUUGCAAAGGGGAUACCAGCUAAAAGUGUUUCUGUUGACUUCGGUGAACAGAUACUAAGUGUUAGCAUUGAUGUUCCCGGUGAAGAGGCAUAUCAUUUUCAACCUCGCUUAUUUGGAAAGAUAAUACCCACGAAGUGCAGAUAUGAUGUGUUGUCUACCAAAGUUGAAAUCCGUCUCGCAAAAGCUGAACCAAUACAUUGGACAGCUCUUGAAUUCACCAAGGAAAAUCCAGUUUUGCAAAGGGUUAAUGUAUCAUCUGUUACUGGAUCUCAACGACCAACUUACCCAUCCUCAAAACCUACAAAAGAUUGGGAUAAGCUUGAAGCUCAAGUGAAGAAAGAGGAAAAGGAUGAGAAGCUAGAUGGUGAUGCAGCUUUGAACAAGUUUUUCCAAGACAUUUAUGCCGAUGCUGAUGAGGACACAAGAAGAGCCAUGAAAAAAUCUUUUGUGGAGUCAAAUGGGACAGUGCUCUCUACAAACUGGAAAGAAGUUGGUUCCAAGAAGGUAGAAGGAAGUCCUCCAGAUGGUAUGGAAAUGAAGAAAUGGGAGUACUAAACUCUCCAACUGAUUAUAAUUGUAAUUUAGAGUUUUGAUUUUUGGUCUGUGAAACUUGUCAGAACUUCUUGAGAGACUCCAUUUUAUUUUUUGUUGCUGGUUGUGCUCCAAUGUCUAGAUUUAAUCAUUAAAUACAUUUUCUUUUCUUUUGUUUAAAGGUUAGAUGUUUUCGUUGUGCUCAAAACUGGUCACUCCUGAAGCUUCAAUGGUGAACUUUUGCUUUUAAAUCUCA